UCCUCUAAACAAGAUCGGAACAAGAUCUGCCCCAUCUAUGGCGUCUUGAAGAACAAAGCCGACGCAGGAACACCUGCUUCCUCCUCCUUACUUCAAAAAUCAGAUCUGGAGAGAAAAAAUCGGACCUACCUGCCCCUAAGAAGGUUGAUUGUUCAUGAUGAUUGAUCUGAAUGAACCACCGCUUGACGUAGAGUCCAUCAACAUUUCAGUCGAGUUGGGUGCACCCUUCUUGCAUGCAGGGGUGAACAGGGACAUCAACAACUGGAGGAGGAGGUUGGUGAGUCUCCUGACCCCAAUGUUGGAUCUAACACUACUCAUGUCCCGGAUAAACGUGUUGCCGCUCCCCCACCUAUGGUUGCUCCUGCUAAUGCUUUAGUUCAUGAGGCACGUGAGUUGGAAGAUGAAGAAGCUGGAUCACAGCCACAACAACCUUAUGUUGGCAUGCGCUUCGACACAUUAGAGGAUGCGAGGGAACACUACAAUCGCUAUGCUUUGAUGGAGGGCUUUUCAAUCAAGUCAAAUACGUCUUACAGGUCGGCCUACACAGGUGUGGUGGAAAAACAGCAAUUCUGCUGUAACAAGUUCCGCAAACCAGUAGAGAGGGUUGGGAUCCCGGAUGUUCCCUCAUCGAGCAAAAACACUACAUGUCCAAGCUCACCUGAACAAGAUGUUGAAGAUGAUGUCGAGGAACACACUUUCAAGAAGAAGAGGAAACGGGAAACUGUGAAGCAAACAAAAUGCCGUGCUAAGAUGGUGGUGAAGCUUAAAGAUGACAGAUGGGAGGUUAUCACUUUUAUUGCAGAUCAUAACCAUCCACCGAUUGAGAAGCCAUCGCUUUCGAAAUACCUCCGUUCUCACCAAGGAAUCCCGCCGGAACAGAAAAAACUACUGACUCACCUAAAUGACUGCAACUUGACAGCAGGAAAAAUGAUGAUGUUAAUGUCAUCAUACUACGGCUCGGAGUUGAUUGUUCCGUACACAACUAAAGCCAUCCAUAACCACUGUUCGAAGCUCAACGCCCCAACUAAAGACAUUGGCAUUGAAGAAACACUAAACUAAUUUUGCAAGGUGAUGGAAAAUGACCCAGGAUUAUUCUUUAAAUGCAAGACAGAUGCGGAAGGCGGGACAGAAAACUUGUUUUGGGUGGAUGGUGCGGCACGGAAAGCAUACACGGAGGCUUAUCAUGAUUGCGUGUCAUUUGAUGCAACUUACCUCACGAACAUGUACAAUAUGCUGUUUGCCCCCUUCAUUGGAAUCAACAGACAUGGGCAGUCAAUAAUGCUUGGGUGUGGAUUUGUCCGGCAGGAACUAGCCUCAAGUUAUGACUGGUUAUUUGAUGCUUUCCUAGAAGCAAUGGAUGGUUUGGCUCCGGACAACAUCAUCACGGACCAAGAUGUUGCUAUGGCACAAUCUAUCAAGAGGAAGUCCCGGCAAUGAUUCACCGUUGCUGCGGUUGGCAUAUAAUGAAGAAAGCACAAGAGAAGCUUGGCCCCGUGUUGGCUAGGAACCCGGAUUUGGUAAAAGACUUCAAUGAAUGCAUUGACUUCAGUUUCACCUCGGCUGAGUUUGAAAGGAAACGGGCUGCACUUCAAUUGAAAUAUGAAGGUCUUAUGCAUGGUCACUUUGAGAAACUCUAUGAAGAUCGGGCUACAUGGGUGCCGUGUUACUUCAAAUUCAGGUUCUUCCCUUUCCUUCAGUCAACGCAACGCAGCGAAGGGUUCAAUGCUGUGUUGAAGCGCUAUGUGAACCCACACAAGUCAAUUCUCAACUUCGUCAAGCAAUAUGAGAAAAUUCAGGUACACAUACUCGUGAGGGAGGACGGGAACGACUACCGGACAAAACAUCUAGAGGCACAAAGAUGGUCGCGUUUCCCCAUUGAGAGGCAUGCCUACAAAGCAUACACUAGGGACAUCUAUGUGAAGUUUAGAACUGAGUUUCAGAUGAUUGGCCAGUACGAUGUGCGUCCCGCUAGAAUCAACUUCUAUUACCUUGAGCCCAAUACAGAAGAAGUCCUAGGGUAUGGCUCGAGGAAGUACCUAGUCACAGUGAGACCAGAGCCAGCUAUCUACGAUUGCGAAUGUUGCAAGUGGCAUAGGGACGACAUGCUUUGUUGCCAUGUCUUGAAAAUCUUCACACACCUUGGCGUUAAUGAGAUACCUGAACACUACAUCAAGCGCCGCUGGACGCAACAUGCAGUACCAAGUGCACCACCGCCACCUAACGAGGGCCCUCCGCAUGACUUGCCCGCUGAGUUAGAGAACCAAGUUCGGCAAGUGACUCUGACAAUGGAUUUUGCAAAGCUAGCCAAGAAGGCAAUGACUAGUGAUGAGGCAGCCGCUGUAGUUAGGAGGCACAUGAAAGCAGCAGAUACCGAGGUUACUAAGCUGAAUAAACUGAGGAAGAAGAGGCUAAAGGCAGCCCGGGAAGCGGCUCGUGCUAGGGAAGCAUCAAACCCUAAUGCCCCAAGUACUUCAAACCAACCUCCUGCCCCCCUUGCUCCUAUGGAUCCACCUCAUUCAGUCACGAAAGGGCGCAGCCGCAGCAAGCGCUUCAAAUCAGCCCUGGAACUACACCCUAAGAAAAAGAACAAGUGCAGCAUUUGUGAAUCAAUCGACCACACUGCUGCGACGUGCCUAGGGAAGCUGAUGUGAUCGUUACCACAUGAAGGGAAUGACCUCCCGGGCUUGCAAAACUAGCGGAAAGUAAGGAAAAAAGAGCAAACAGUGUCCUGGUAGAUGAAGCAAUUGAGGUCUGGUUUCUGAGCAAAUGUAGAAGGGAAAUCAAGCAACUGCCAGCUUCAAGAAAAAAGCAAACGAUGAAAUCAUUUGCAUGGACUUGUUUUGAUUUAUGUGUUUUCCUAGCUUUAAAUUCACAAAUUGGAGACUGUGUGGAGGUAGAUGCUUGACAUUUGUGCUUAUAUUCCUUACUCGUAAAACAUGCAAAAACCUAUGGGCGCUUGUGAUUUAUGCAAACAUGUUAUAGGUGGUUUGGGGCAAACUUUUGUGAGUUUUGUAAUGGAACACAUUAGUAUUCACAUUUGAUAUUCUCUAAUGGAACACAUUGAUCAGGAAAAAAAAUGUACCUAUAUAUUUGUUCACUUGUUGGCCGGUUUGAGGAUCUCCUGCCAUGGAAUCUUGUUCAGGUCACACUUCAGCAUCGAGAUGGUCAUCUUCUUCCUGAUGUUUGGUAUGUCGCUUUGUCCGUAGUUCGGGAGCCACGUCCCGUUCCACAAUAACGCGUUCAUCAAUGCGAAUAUGCUACAGUCACCGCUGCAAAAAAACCAAAAUGUCAAGAAAGCACUUGCAAAAAAAAAGCAAAACACUACGUCUUAUAACAACGAUAUGUAUGUAUGUGGGUUGGUCCUUACGAUACAGUCUGCUUUGGUGCAUCGAUAUCCACAAGUGGGAACUGGUCCAUUGUCUUUGCUUGUUUUGGAUAGUACUUGUCCCACAACACACGAACUGCAGCUACAAUAGCCCUUGCAACAUCAUCCAGCCUCUUGCUUUUCUUUAACAUCCUCCAUGAGUCAAACACUUCGAACCUUUUGUCCCUCAGAUUGAUGUUGAGUACCCAGUAGUGGUGUGCACCAUUGGCGUUCUCUGGGUCUAAAUUUUCAAGCACAUGAAUCAUAACCUUCAAGAAAGAAAACCAUGUUAGCAUACCAAAAAAACCAUCAACUACUGAUAUGUUUUUGGGCAACUCUAUAUGUUUGUAUGGGCAACAUUUCAUAUGAUUUUUAGGCAACUCUAUAGAAUUUUAUUCAACUUCUGGCAUAACUCUCAAAACACUAAAAAAAUGUGUAUGAAGCUUCUGCAAAAUGGCUUAUCAGGCAACUCAGUGGCUUUUUAUGAGCAACUCAUCAUGUGAUUUCAAGCAACUCCUAUGAUUUUCUGACAUCAGCUUCUAGAAAAAAAAAUCUAAGAAAAAACAGAAUAGAGCCUUUUAUCAUGUUUGACAACUAGUAAAACACAUGGACCAUACCAUGUCUUGCUCAUCCAAACGGUUUGAUUUUUUGAACCUAUCAUGCAGCUCCCUCACAUCUAGAUCGAGCCUCUGAAGCCAAGUCUGUGGGGAAAUGUAGAAUCAGAUAAUAAAGCAACAGCUUCAGUGCCAAAAAACAAAAAAAGGAAGAAACUAUGGGUUUUUAUUUCUCUUACCGAAAACCUAACAGGCAUGAUUAUUUUCUUGGACCCCACCUGUCUGUUGUACAUGAUUGCUUCAAUCCCUAACUCAAAGGCACGUGUCUUCAUCCAUCCUGCCUUCCUCAUUGAUUGAGCAAGCUCCUUGAUUGUGCAGAAGUAACCACGAUAGUUUAUGAUUUGCGGCCUGUAGAACAAACAGAAAGGCUCUGUUAAGAAAAAUAACAAUAGGAGAGAUCAUUGCAUGCAAAAAAAGA